AUGGCAUCCAAACCUCCCAUGAAGAUAAGUAUCGAGCCCCGUGAUAAUAAGGAAGACUCUUAUUGUUGUCUGGAGGACUUCAAAGAACGAAGGUUUAAAACCAUCCUUCCCCAUUCUUCUGACAGAAUCUGCUUUGGAUUAACAUGUGGUUACUUGGUCUUGUUCGGGAGGGAAACCCGUGACUUCUGGCUUGUGAAUCCUAUCACAAAGCAUGAACUUCAUUUCCCUUAUUACCCCUUAUAUGUAGCUGCCCGUAUAAAAAAAUUAAGGACCAUCCUUGUCUUUGCACCUUCAAUAUCUAGGUGGGUGUUUGUUUUGUUACACAAGAAAAUAUCAUUUUCUUUAGCGGGUAUACAAGGAUGGCAUCAUGUCUCCUCCACUUGUAUCCGUGAUUUACAAUAUUUCAAGGGGAAGAUAUAUACCCUACACAUGGAUUUUUCUUUACGUGAACUAAGACUCGGUCUGAGGCAGAAGCACAAAUGGAUUUUACUUAAAACCAAGAAUUUUCCCAACCCAAAAUUGUUUAAUCCGCAGUUUGUAAGUUCGGGUGAAAACCUUUAUGUGAUGAGCUACUCUGGGUUCCUCCCGAAAAGGGUUAUGGAACUUGAUUUUAGGGAAAUGAAAUGGGUGAAGCCAGAUAAGGCAACAUAUGCUUUCUUUAUUGGAAACAAGAAUUAUUCUGCUGCUUUUAAACUCGGGUCAUGGGCUGACCUUCAGACACAACACAAGAGCUCUGAAUACGUCCUUGGCGAUGAUAAAAGUCGAAAAUGCAUGUUCUUUUAUGAAUUGAUGUGGUACUUCCCCCAUGAUUGUUUGAAUGUUAAUCGUUUUGAUGAGUAG